AUGUUCAAAUUUGUGAUUUUUCUAUUUUUCUUUUCAACAACUUUGGCUGCCAAAUGCAGUGUUCCUCAAAAUUUGAAAAAUGCCGGAUGUAUAUUGGUAAGUUUCUAUCAAAUCUCAAAAUUCCAAAAAAAAAAAACAAAAAUUUCCCUAGAAAGCCGAUGUUCUUUUGGACAAAGGUCUGGAUCUUGAUCCCGAGAUUCCUGAACAAUCCAAAAAAUUCGACGGGAUGUGCAAAGAUGUUCAAGAAUGUUUCAAAAAAGUUGGUUGUGAUGAAGCUGACAAUUAUUACGAAACUUAUGUUGGAGUUUGUAAUUUUGUGAAAUAUAUUGGAACUAAUUUCGCGAAAAAAUGCGGGAAGAAAUUGGAAAAAGUUAAUUCAAAGUGUUACGAUAAUCUUUUCGCUGAUUUUUCCGCUGUUUUCAAUCAAAAGGUAUCUAGAGAAUCAAUAUUUUGA